GUUAAUGCAGUCUAGCAUAUGAAAAGAAACCCAAAUUGGGGAAAGCUGUUGGGUUUGAACCUAAACGGAGCAUGGUGGGGGAUUUUGGCGGAAAACUUGCAGGGUGGCAAAUUCUACACCCCGACAGUGCUGAAGGGGAGAAAUUGUGAUUUUUGUGCCACCAUCCUGGUGAGGCACCGCUUUCUGUGCUGGGCUGGGGAGAUGUUGAGCAGCUCUGUGUUUAGCUCCGGGGUGAUCCUGCUCUCAGGAGUUCUGAGUGGAUUUUUGGUUAGAAGCUCCUCGUGUCCAUGGUAGAGGGCGGUUCUUAAAAUCCCCCUUUGUGGGGGUCGAGAGGGAAAAUGCCGAGUGUCUGCAGGCUGCCCGGAGCUCGGGCGCGGCGCUUUGAGCGGGUUCCGUGCGCGCUGUGCCCGCAGGACGGGAGCGAUGGGGUCCGAGAGCCCGAGCCCGCAGAACCCCGGCUGCAAGAUCAUGACCUUCCGGCCCUCGCUGGACGAGUUCCGCGACUUCGGCCGCUUCAUCGCCUACAUGGAGUCCCAGGGAGCGCACCGCGCCGGGCUGGCCAAGGUGAUCCCCCCCAAGGAGUGGAAGCCGCGCCGCACGUACGAUGACAUCGAUGCCAUGGUGAUCCCCGCCCCCAUCCAGCAGGUGGUCACGGGCCAGUCGGGGCUCUUCACCCAGUACAACAUCCAGAAGAAGCCCAUGACGGUGGGCGAGUACCGGCGCCUGGCCAACAGCGAGAAGUACUGCACCCCUCGGCACCAGGACUUCGAGGACCUGGAGCGCAAGUACUGGAAGAACCUGACCUUUGUGUCGCCCAUCUACGGGGCCGACAUCAGCGGCUCCCUGUACGACGCAGACGUGGAUGAGUGGAACAUUGGCAACCUGAACACCCUCCUGGACAUGGUGGAGCACGAGUGUGGCAUCAUCAUCGAGGGGGUGAACACUCCCUACCUCUACUUUGGCAUGUGGAAAACAACUUUUGCUUGGCACACAGAGGACAUGGAUCUCUACAGCAUCAACUACUUGCAUUUUGGGGAGCCCAAAUCCUGUUCCUGGGAGCAGGGGGUGGCCACCCUGCAGGGAGCUGGGGCUGUGCUGCCUCCUGCCAUUCCCAGUGCCAGCCUUUCCUCCUCCCUGCAGGACGUGGAUGAGUGGAACAUUGGCAACCUGAACACCCUCCUGGACAUGGUGGAGCACGAGUGUGGCAUCAUCAUCGAGGGGGUGAACACUCCCUACCUCUACUUUGGCAUGUGGAAAACAACUUUUGCUUGGCACACAGAGGACAUGGAUCUCUACAGCAUCAACUACUUGCAUUUUGGGGAGCCCAAAUCCUGGUAUGCCAUUCCCCCAGAGCAUGGCAAGAGGCUGGAACGCCUGGCCAAAGGAUUUUUCCCAGGGAGCUCUCAGGGAUGUGAUGCUUUCCUCCGGCACAAGAUGACCCUCAUUUCUCCCUCCAUCCUGAAGAAAUACGGGAUUCCCUUUGACAGGAUCACCCAGGAAGCCGGGGAGUUCAUGAUCACAUUUCCUUACGGGUACCACGCCGGCUUCAACCACGGCUUCAACUGCGCCGAGUCCACCAACUUCGCCACGCUGCGCUGGAUCGACUACGGGAAAAUGGCAACACAGUGCACGUGCCGCAAGGACAUGGUGAAGAUCUCCAUGGACGUGUUUGUGCGGCUGCUGCAGCCCGAGCGCUACGAGCUCUGGAAGCAGGGCAAGGACAGCGCCGUGCUGGACCACAUGAGGCCCACGGCCCUCAGCAGCCCCGAGCUGGACGCCUGGAACCAGAGCAAGGCCGAGCUGAAGGCAAAGCUGCUGCGCAGGAUAGGAGAUGAGGAAGAGGACAACAAACACCGGUCUCACAGAAAAAGGAGUCAGCCUAGAAGACACAAAACAGAGGAUCAGAAGUCUCUUGGGGAUGUCAUGGCUAUUGAAACUGCCUUGGAGGAUGUGAAAGUGAAAGAGGAGCUGAAAAGGGGGCCAGAUGUGGAGGAAGAGGAGAGGAGCAAAGGGAUGGAGGGAGAAGGCGAGUGCAAGGCCCGGCCGCGGCCCCCCAAGGCCAAGGGCGAGCGCAGGAAGAAGCAGCAGCAGCCCCCCCCAGGCCCAGCCCCAGCCCCCCUGAACGUGGUGCCGCCCGCGGGGGCGCCGGCCCCGGAGGACGAGUUCAGGCCGCGGCCCAUCAUCCCCAUGCUGUACGUGGUGCCCCGCAGCAAGAAGGUCGUGUUCGACAAGGAGCACAUGUCCUGCCAGCAGGCCUUCGAGCAGUUCGCCACGCAGCAGGGCCUGGGCUGGCGCCCGGCCGGCCCCGGCAAGGAGCAGGAUGGCGCCCAGGCCGAGCAGGGCCAGCUCGCCACAGAGGCCGCUGCUGCCUUCUCCAAGAUGAAGAUGGAGAUCAAGAAGAGCCGGCGGCACCCGCUGGGGAAGCCGCCGACGCGCUCGCCGCUGUCCGUGCUCAAGCAGGAGACCUCGAGUGAUGAGGAAAUGUUUCCAUUUUCUGGAGAGGAAGAUAUGAGUGAUCCAGAGGCUUUGAAAUCUUUACUUUCCUUCCAGUGGAAGAACAAAGCACUUAAUUUCCCAGCUGAAAGGAAGUUCAAUGCAGCUGCUGCCCUGAGUGAGCCUUACUGUGCUGUCUGCACCCUCUUCUACCCCUACAACCAGUCCUCACAGGUGGAGAGGGAGGCUGCAGGGGAGCCUCCCUCCUUGGUGCAGCUCUCCAGGUGUGGGCAGAGGAGCAAGCCCCUGAUCCCCGAGAUGUGCUUCACCUCCAGCGGGGAGAACACCGAGCCCCUGCCCUCCAACUCCUACAUUGGGGAGGAUGGCACCAGCCCCCUCAUCUCCUGUGCCAAGUGCUGCCUGCAGGUCCAUGCCAGCUGUUACGGGAUCCGCCCGGAGCUGGUGAACGAGAGCUGGGCGUGCUCGCGGUGCUCGGCCGGCGCCUGGGCAGCGGAGUGCUGCCUGUGCAAUCUCAGGGGAGGAGCUCUCCAGAUGACCACUGAUGGCCGGUGGGUGCACGUGAUCUGUGCCAUCGCUGUCCCCGAGGCGCGCUUCCUCAAUGUCAUCGAGCGUCAUCCUGUGGAUAUCAGCGCCAUCCCCGAGCAGAGGUGGAAGCUGAGGUGUGUGUACUGCAGGAAGAGGAUGAGGAGGGUCUCUGGGGCCUGUGUGCAGUGUUCCUACGAGCACUGCUCCACCUCCUUCCACGUGACGUGCGCGCACGCCGCCGGGGUGCCCAUGGAGCCCGAGGACUGGCCCUACGUCGUCUCCAUCACCUGCUUCAAGCACAAAGCAGCAAACCAGAACGUGCCGCUGCGCAGGGAGGUGGCCCUGGGGCAGGCAGUGAUCACCAAGAACAGGAACGGGCUCUACUAUCGCUGCCGGGUCAUCGGCAGCAGCACCCAGACCUUCUACGAGGUCAACUUCGACGACGGCUCCUACAGCGACAACGUCUACCCCGAGAGCAUCAUCAGCAGGGACUGUGUCCAGCUGGGGCCCCCUCCCGAGGGGGAGCUGGUGCAGCUGCAGUGGACGGACGGGAUCGUCUACAAGGCCAAGUUCAUUGCAGCCCAGAUCAGUCAGAUUUACCAGGUGGAGUUUGAAGAUGGCUCUCAGCUAAUGGUGAAGCGUGGGGAUAUUUAUACCUUGGAGGAAGAGCUUCCCAAGAGAGUCAAGUCUCGCCUGUCCCUCAGCACUGGGGCCCCUCAGGAAGAUGCAUUUUCAGGAGAUGAAGUGAGAGCAGCCAAGCGUCCCCGGCUGGGGAAUCCCAGAAAUGCUGAGGAGUAUGGACAAACCCCAGAUUACCUGGCCUUUAUGGAGAGCCUGCUGCAGACACAGUACCAGCCUGGGACUCAGAGCAACAUGUUUUAACCAGGAUUCAUCCAAAAUACUCAAUUAACCCUUUUUGAGUUCAUGGAAACAUAAAUAGGAAACUGUGGAAUGGAAGACCAGCCCUGUGCAAUAGUCUGCUGUGAAUUUCUUUCAUCUCCUCUUGGUUUGGACUGCAGGAAAUCCCUGUCUGGCUGCUACCUCGACCUUGCCAGGAGUUGCUGACCAAGAGCUGGGGAGCUUGGAAACCCUUCAGCUUUUCACAUGGAGACUUUGGAAGAGUUUCUACAGAUGGAGCUUUGUGACUGGUUCUUUUGUAUGAGGAAAGGGUUAAAAUUUAACAAAAUGACUUUUUCAAACCUGUCAAACUUUUGUCCUUCAAGGUGCUAUUACAUUGACUACUGAAGCAGCCUUUGGAAUCGUGUUUUCUGUACAUAGAUGCCACCUUUGUGAAGUUUUCUAUGAAUGAGCAUUAUUAAAAAAAAAAAGCAAGCAAAAAUAGGAAAACGGAAAGUUUCCACAAAACAUUUUUCUAGAUUAUGGCUUUAAAACAGAAAAUAAAUGAAAUCCUCCCCCCUCACCCCCAAAGGAAUCGUGACUGAUGUGGGGAGAGGGAGAGCAAGAGCAGAUGUCCUGGGAUGUUCUGGGUUCUUCUUUUGUAAAGAAGCCCUGUCCUUGUGAGCUGGGGGAGAACUGUUCCCGCUGGGAUGUUCCUGCCAGGGGCUCUCUGAGAGCCCUGGGGUGAUGUUGGCAUCGCUGCCACCUCACCAGGGAGGGGCUUAGGCAAGAAAUGCCAGGUUUGGCUCAUUCCUGUCAUCUUCCUUCCCCAUCUUUGCCAUCACAGUUGCUUUCUAGUUCAGGAUCAGCAUGGCUUUGAGUUCCCCCAGGUUUGGCAGGUGUUCUGCUGCUCCUUGUGUUAUUUUCCCAUGAGAGCUCCAGGGGCUGCCCCAACAGCAAUUCUCCCUUAGGAACGUUUCUCUUUCCUUUGUCUCUUUAUUUUUAAAUUUUUUUUUGGGUUGUGCUCCUUACAGUGUGAGAAUCAUUCCAUGACAGAAGCUUGGGAGGUGUUUGUAUGUUUUUCUUUUAUCCUAUUAAAGAAGAGAUUCCCCAAACAUCUGAUUGUUGUGACAUCCUUUCCUUAAGUAAAGACUGAGCCUGUGAAUUACUCCUGGGGAAGAGGAGAGCAAGCCCUGCCUUUGGCUGGACUCAGCUCACCGAGGACUGAAGGAGGGGUGAUGGGCAGCUCCCACCUGGACCCUUGGAAAUGCCCCUGAAGAGCUGCUGUGGAGCAGUGCUUGGGAAGGAGCCUGAUGCAAACCCUGCUGAAGUCACUGGGAAGUUUUCCCCUCCCUUUGGAGGGGCUCAGGCAGGUCAGAGGGAGAGGAGGAGGCAGAGCUGGGAAGGUUCAGGUGCAGGGGGAGAGGGCACCUGGGCCAGCUGAGCAACCUGGAGUGCUGCACUGCAAGCUUUUCCACUAAAUUCCCUGAAAUGACUGGAUGGAGAGAGACAAGGUUCUUGUUUUGAUGAUGAUUUUUAAGCCCCUUUGCAAGGUGGUCGUUGUUCUGGGGAGAGGCUGUUAAGCAAUGCUCUGGCUGGAUCUUAAAGGGAAUGAGUGGGGAGGAUUUGUGGGCUGGCAGAUGGUAGAUUAGCAUCUUAAGAGACUCCAUGGGUAUUAAACUGUCCUAGUGAAAGAGUGGAGAUAGAAUAAAGCAAUUUAAUAUUUUUUUUUACUUUGGUUUUGUUCUCCCUUGAGCAUUGGAGUUCCCAUCCUCUCUCCUGCCUCUGCUGCGGGUCCUCCUCGUGUGCGUGGUUGUAAGGCCUUGGAAACAGGGCUCUGCUUUUGGGGUUUUUUAUUUCUGAGUUUUUGAUGUUUUUGAGUAGAUGUCUCCACAAAUAAAGCCAAACUGAGACUAAUAAAAGUUUAAAAAAAUUGGCAAGGUUCUCCCAAGCCUCGGUUGUUCCUCCUCCAGAGCUGUCUCCUGUCGGUUGAAAUGUGAUUAAAUAGAAAACUUGCUGUAUAAAAGACUAAGAAUGUUGCCAGGCCACGAGAGAAAUAUUUAAAACGAUUGAAAGAGAAAUUUAACCAGCAGAGGAUUUUUUUUUUUUGAGGUGGGAGGGAAGGGUGGGAUGGGAUAGUGGUUGUGGGAAUUUCCUCUUCAUGUCGAGUCCUGCAGUAGCACCAUUGCUGUAUCCAUAUGUAGAACCUUUCCCAAAUACUAUUUAUAUUGUACAAACACAAGUGUGUUUCCUCACCCCAUAUUCAGAUGCUGACUUAUGUUGAAACAUGAACCUGGAACUGUCGAAUGCCCUUCCUUGGUGCAAGGGUUUUUCUCUUUUUGUUGAUUUUUAAAUCCUUCUUUUUGGUUUAGGAAUGACUUGUGCAGAUUCAGGAUAGUGGCCAUAUUCAAAAGGAAAUAGGAAAUGCACAUUCCUACCCCUUCCUCCAGUGAAAUAUAUUUGUAAGUGUCUGAUUAUGUGCUAUAAAAAUAAUGAUUUUUUUUUCUUUCUCCCCCUAGAUUAAGGCUGUGAUGUAUUUUUUGCCUAUUUUUUUUUCUCUGCCUCUAG